GUACUAGCUUCAUAAAAAAUUGAGGUUCGUGGGAGGAAAGUGACCAAUUCAGUUGACCUGCAAGUAGAGGAAAUAUAAUAUAUCAAGAAAACUACUAUAUCUCUGCGGACCCUCCAUAGAACACAGCUUUCAAGUUUCAACUUUCUUCUUCUCUCCUUUGACAUCUUGCUUCUCACAAAAGCUUCUUCAGCUACCAAGCGGAGAUAGUUAUAAAACCAUUCAUGCUUGCUCAAUCAAUGAAUUCGUAUGGAGGCUAAGACUGUACAAGCCAUUGUGUAGAUGUACUGUGGGAUGGCCUCUCUGCUUGUUCUGGUGGGGUUGGGCGUUCUGGUGUUCUGGGUACAUCACAACUCCAGCUCAGCGCUCUCGCAGAGUACCGAAACUUCCGGGGAUGUUCUUUCUGGUACUGUGUUCAUCAAUGGAACAGCAUCCAUUGCUAAGACGGAUGACGAUUACAUCUGUGCCACUUUGGAUUGGUGGCCUCCUGAAAAAUGUGAUUAUGGCACUUGCAGCUGGGGAAGAGCCACCCUCCUCACUUUGGAUCUGACAGACCCAAUUCUGAUCAAUGCUGUAAAAGCUUUUUCACCACUACGGAUUAGAAUGGGAGGGACCUUACAAGAUAAAGUAGUAUAUGAAAUACAGGGUGAUCAGACACCCUGCAACAUCUUCACCAAGAACAGCUCGGAAUUCCUUGGUUUCUCGCAAGGAUGCUUACCUUUGGCUCGAUGGGACGAGCUGAACUCCUUUUGCAAGCAGACAGGGGCAGCUGUCACAUUUGGGCUGAAUGCGUUGUACGGCAGGACAAUCGGUUCAGAUGGUUCUGUUAACGGGCCCUGGAAUUCCAGCAAUGCUGAAUCACUCAUUCGGUACACUGUCAAUAAAGGCUACUCUAUCCUCGGUUUGGAGCUUGGCAACGAACUAAGUGGAAAUGGAGUUGGAGCAAGAGUUUCAGCCGACCAGUAUGCAUCAGAUAUAAAAACCCUUCAAGGCCUAGUGGAAGAUAUAUAUGCAGGUUUUGAAGUUAAGCCACUAGUCCUAGCACCAGGGGGGUUCUUUGAUGCAAAUUGGUUCGCCGAUUUUGUAAAUCAAACAAGUCAAACUCUUCAAGUUGUCACCCACCACAUUUAUAACCUUGGUCCAGGAGUCGAUGACCACCUUAUUCAGAAGAUCCUUGAUCCUUCUUAUCUUGACGGUGAGUUGCAAACAUUCAGCAGCCUUCAGACUCUUCUGAAGAAUUCUGGAACUUCGGCAGUUGCAUGGGUUGGUGAAGCUGGGGGCGCUUAUAAUAGCGGCCGCAACCUUGUCACUAAUUCCUUUGUGUUUAGUUUCUGGUACUUGGACCAACUGGGAAUGGCGGCCACUUACAAUACAAAAACAUAUUGCAGACAGACAUUGAUUGGCGGAAACUAUGGCUUGCUAGACACUCAAACAUUCCUACCAAACCCAGAUUACUACAGUGCUCUUCUUUGGCAUAAGUUGAUGGGGAGCGAAGUUUUAUUAACUAGCUUCUCGGGCACGGAUAAGAUCCGCGCUUAUGCUCAUUGCUCAAGGAACUCUCCUGGUGUCACUUUGCUGCUGAUCAACCUUGAUAGUAACACAACCGUCCAAGUUCACGUUUCAACUGGAAAUGUAACCAGUAAUGGAACACUGUCUCUGAAACAAGAGAGCCAGAAUCACAGGACAAAAUUUGCCAGAAUGUCGAGAGGGUCAUCUAAAGAUGGGCACAUCAGAGAAGAGUAUCACUUGACCGCCCAAGAAGGAAAUAUACAGAGCCAAGUCCUGCUUCUCAAUGGACAAGUUCUAAACACAGACUCAUCUGGCAUCAUUCCUUCCUUUGAUCCGAUAAAUGUAAGCCACUCAGAUCCAAUUACGGUGGCUCCAUUCUCCGUUGUAUUUGCUCGGAUUCCUGGUAUGAAUGUCACCGCAUGCACAUAGUCCAAGACCAUAGGCACAGUGAACUUGCUAUUUGCAAUCGUAACUAUAAAGUGACCACUGUAGAUAAUCAUUUCUUGGAAAGAUUGUGACAAGCACAUGUAAAAUGAAUUCAUUUGCAAGUGAAGGCCAGUCAAUUAAUAAAAUUCAGGGUGUUUAUGACAA